UUCUCGUGGGUUGUUUUCGGAUUUGUUAAUCAAGCCUGCCGUCUUGUCCUUUCGGGUUCCCCUUUUCAUCGUCUUCGUCAAAAGAUUCUCGUGUGAACGCGGAUUUUUAGGUUGAUUUCCCUGCUCCAUCAAAGUUCCUGCGAGUAGACUUUACUUUUUCCACCUUCUUCUUCUUCUUCUUCUCAAGGAUUCGAAAUCUGUGAGCCUCGUUCAUGUUUCUUUCUGCCUUCAGUUUCGAUUUUGAGAUUUCUUCGUGAGUUGCAGCUGAGUUUUCGAGUUUUUGCUUUCUGGGUAUUUUUCAUUUUCGUGUUUCUGCAAUGGUCAAACCCAAAUUCUCUCCAUUUCAGUUAUGGGGUUUAGCUUUCCUCUUCUCCUUGCGCGUUUCUUCGGCCUCCGAUGCUUUCUUCAUCAACUGUGGAUCGCCGAAGAACAUGUCUGUAGACGGUAGAAUCUUUGUCUCCGAUUCCGACAUCCUCAGCACUCCGCGAGGAAUCUCGGUCAAUGCCACGGGUUCUAAUUCUCUCCCUCGAACCAACGAUUCGGGCUUGUACGAGACAGCGAGAGUAUUUUCGGGACGAUCAAGUUACAGUUUCCCGGUCAAGCAACGCGGGCGAUUCUUCAUUCGCCUUCACUUCUUCCCCUUCAAAUCCGGGGAGUACGAUCUGAGCGAGGCCAGAUUUUCGAUUUCAGCCCAGAAUUUCACUCUGAUCAGAGAUUACAAUCCCCCGAUGAACAUGUCUGUUGUUAAGGAAUACAGUUUGAACAUCACGGCGAAUGAGUUGACCCUCGAGUUCAGUCCCAAACCUAAUCUCAAUGCGUUUAUCAACGCUUUGGAAGUGUUUCUCCUUCCAGAGAGCUUGAUUCCUGAAGAAGCGACAUUCAUAGGUUCAGAAGCAAGUAGGCAGAACCUCAGGACUCGUGCCUUGGAGACAGUUGCUAGGGUUAACAUGGGGAAUUUGACAGUGACUCGAGAUCAGGACAAGUCAUGGAGGUUUUGGGAUUCAGAAUCUGCAUAUUUCGGACAUGGCAAUGGCGGUAAGACUGUGAGGAACAUCACAGCAGUUAAGUUCUCUGGUGACGUAACAGAAGAAAUAGCCCCGGCUUCUGUCUAUGGAACAGCGACAAAGCUGCACUCUGAUGAUAACCUAAUCCUCAUUGCCAAUCUCACCUGGAGCUUCAAUGUGGAUCCUGGUUUCGACCAUUUUCUCCGGUUUCACUUCUGUGACAUUAUAGUGAAUGCUUUUGGUCCCAAGAACCAGCUUUACUUCAACGUUUACGUCAAUUCACUGUUAGUUGCUUCCCUUGACAUGUCACAGGUCGCGAAUGGUGAAUUUGGAGUUCCUUAUUUCAUCGAUGCAGUGAUGAGGAAGGAUAAUGGGUAUGAAGGGUAUCUGAAUUUAAGUGUUGGAACUGUAGGUUCUGAUGAUUACACGAAUGCUUUUAUCAAUGGCUUCGAGAUCUUGAAGAUAAGCAACGAGAAACUCAGCCUCGAUGUUUCAGAUGCUAUUCUUCCCAAGGGUUCUGUCCCUAACAAGAGUUCCAACCCGAGAAUUGGCCUUAUCGCUGGAUUAUCCGCCGCCUUGUGUGCUGCUCUGGCAUUGUGUUUGGUUGCUUUCUUGUUGUGCAGAGGAAGAAGGAGAAGAAGAAGCAGAAUCUUGCAGGUUGUUCAUUGGAGAGAAGAUGAACAGAUCAAGGAGAGUGGAACAACGAUCGGGUAUCGUUUCCCCUUUGCUGUGAUCAAGGAAGCUACUGAUAAUUUCAGCGAAAGCUUGGUUAUCGGGUUUGGUGGGUUCGGAAAAGUUUACAGAGGAAUCUUGAGGGACAAAACCGAGGUAGCCGUGAAACGAGGAGCUUCACAUUCUCAGCAGGGACUUGCAGAAUUCAAGACAGAGAUUGAGAUGCUGUCUCAUUUCAGACACAGGCAUCUGGUUUCUCUGAUCGGGUACUGCGACGAGAACAACGAGAUGAUCAUUGUUUACGAGUACAUGGAGAACGGGACACUCAAGAAUCAUCUUUACGGGUCGGAUAACCCGAUGUUGAGCUGGAGAAAGAGGCUGGAGAUUUGCGUAGGAGCGGCUAGAGGGCUUCACUAUCUCCACACGGGUUCUGCAAAGGCGAUCAUCCACCGCGAUGUAAAAUCCGCUAAUAUACUCUUGGAUGAGAAUUUCAUGUCCAAAGUUGCAGACUUUGGACUGUCUAAGACAGGUCCGGAUCUCGAUCAGACCCAUGUCAGUACUGCGGUGAAAGGAAGCUUUGGGUAUCUAGAUCCAGAGUACCUAACCAGACAGCAACUCACAGAGAAAUCCGACGUCUACUCCUUUGGAGUGGUAAUGUUUGAAGUACUCACAGGUAGACCGGUGAUUGACCCAUCUCUUCCGAAAGAGAGAGUGAAUCUCAUCGACUGGGUGAUGAAAUCGCUCAAGAACGGGAACCCGGAAGAGAUCGUGGACACGUUUCUUGCGGGACAAGUAAACCGAGAGGCGUUGAACAAGUACUGUGAGAUUGCAGAGAAGUGUUUGGCUCCGAAUGGGAUAGAUCGGCCUUCAAUGGGGAAUGUACUGUGGAAUCUUGAGUUCAUACUUAAGCUGGAAGCUAAAGGAGACGGAACAAACGAUGAGAAUCUCGUUGAUCAAUCAGACAUGACAACAUCAACCACUCAGUUCAGUUUCUCUGGUGGUGAUGGAGAUAUUGCAGGGGUUUCAAUGAGCCGAGUUUUUGCCCAAAUGGUGAGGGAAGAAGAGAUGAGAUGACUUUUGUGAUAUGUAUGUAUGUAUACAUGUAUGUAUGUAUACAUGUAUGUAUGUACGUACGUUACACGUAUGUAUGUAUGUAUGGGGUUGGGUUUGUACAGAAGAAAGAGGUGUUAUGUUUCCGAUUACAAUGAUGUUGAGUCACACAUUACACAACAGAA